AUGAGACUUCUUGGAUGCGGAAAUUCAGAGGAUAUGAAAGGAGAUUUGCUGGCAAUUCCGCCAGAUCCGGAGGACUCGCCAAAUUUCCGAAAUGCUUUUUGGGGCGCCGAUCAUAAAGGAUUCGAGGUCCUCUACGCCUCCCUCAAAUCCGCUCCAGCUGCGACGAAAGAAAUUGCCGAGUUCAUCCGAGAAGUCGCCUCGCAGCACGAUCAAAUGGCGAAGAAUUUAGCUAGACUUGGGAAACAGGAAAAAACAAAUGCCCAGCAUAUCCUCUUGUCGCCUAUUUGGAAAAUAUUGAAGACGACGAUGGAAAACUCAGGAGCAGCUCAUCUCGAACUCGCUCAGCGUCUCUUCGAAAUUUCGCGCGACAUCCGGAAAUACUCGGAAGAAGACUGUCGCGAGCGCUACAAAAGUCACAAAAAGCAACUGCUGGCGACUGGCCAAGCGACGACGAAAAUGCAACACGCAACAACUCAUUUGACGAAGAGCAAAGAAUCGAGGACGAGGAUCGAGUCGUCCAGCGCGUCGGGGUCGAAACAUGAAAAACAGCUGCGGCGAUCUGCGGACGACAUGAAGAAACAUGUCGAAAUGUACAAUCAGGCGCUGGAAACAUUCGAGCCAGCAAUGAUUGCUUCCUGCGAAGUGCUCGAAAAGCUCGAAACCGAGCAUCUCGAACGACUAAGCGGCUACAUGACAAAGCUGCACAAGGGCUACGCCAGCUGCAUCGCCAUCUCUCAAAUCAACAACGCCGCUUUUCAAGAAACGCUGGAAAACAACGCCAAGCCAGAAUACAUUCUUCAGCAAUUCGCGAAGCGGCGCGGAACUGGAAUGGAACGGCCGAAAAGAGAAAGCUUCGAUUCAGGAGAAGCAGGGGCGGGAAAUGUAUCCAUAUCGCCGGAAAAGCAACGACCGGAAGACUCGAAUUCUUUCAAUAGAUCGGUUUCUUCGGCGAAUUCUACCUCUUCAGAACCAGUGCAGCGUCAGGAGUCCCUCAAUGUAAAGCCCAUAAUGCCCAAUUUCCUGCGACCUUCGACGGCGAAUAAAUCCGACUCUGGCAGCCAAGUCAUAAAGUCCACCGAAAACGAAAGCGAUUCCGAUGGCGACGAUUCUGAAAAGAGUCCAGAGAAAAAACCUGUCAAGAAAAUGAGCAGCAGUAAAAUCCCGCCAAAGCCAAAAAGGGUUGAAAGUAAAUCUUCUGCAGAAGUGGAUGAAGAAGGUUUUACGAUACGAAAGCCAGAGGUUUCGGAUAGGAGCAGGAAAUCGUCGACUUCUAGUGACAGUUCUGGCUGGGACUUUGAAGAAGAUGGAAAACUUGAUACGUAUAAGAUCAAGGUUCAAAUCAAAAGCCUCGAAGAGAUAAAAAAAGAAAAGGCAAACAAAGAAAGCACCCAAUCCGUUGUCAAACUAGAUGCUCCUUUGAUGGCCGCUCCAGUCCGAAAAGCUCCAAGACCCGGUCGCAGUCCUAGAAACGUUCCUCCAGCUUCAACAAGUCCUCUUACCAUACCUCCUUUAUUGCCAAAAGUUCCUGAAAAACCAAUCCCGCCGCUUUCGCCAGCCAAGGAAGAAAAAUCGGACGAGACUUUGCACUUGCACGAAAAAUGCGCUAGCAUUUUGCUGAAUGAGUCGAAUCCGGAAAAGACGCGCGAGUCGCCAAAGCCGAAAUCGCCCCUCUUGAAUCAACCGGCGCUGCGGGCGCGUCCGUUGACACCGGUCAAGACUGGCGGAUCCUUAUCGAAUGAGAAUAUUACUUGGACACAGCCUCAAGGGAUGCCUUACGAUGCUCCUAUCGCGUCGAUCGAAAGCUUGAGCCCAGUCAUGACCCCCACAUCGCCAGUCAACGCCAACGGAGAAAUCUCCAUCCGAACAGCAAUUACCGAAACAGUCAAUGCCAAAUUUCUCGCUGUCGGCGACAAAAAUACCCAAGUCCUGAGCAACGCCGAUUUAUACCUCGACUUCCCAGCAAGCGCGUUGAAGAACUUGAAUAAGUCGGCUAAUUUUGACUUGAAAUUGGAAGGCGAAGUAGCGCAGGUGAAAGUGAACCCUGCUUUCGGCCGCGGCGAAGGAAACACCAUCAGCUUGGAUUACGAUUGCUUGAUGAGUUUCCUGGAGAAGAUGGCGCGGGACAGGCCAAGUCAGAGCCAUCACAUGAUGAAGGUGGCCACGUACAGGGUCAAAUGCACUACCGCGAACUUGCCACUCCUGCUCGCCAGUUACUGGAAAAAAGAACAAGACGAUUUCAAAGUCAAAGUAGUUGCCAAACCAACGACGAAUAUUGGUCAAGUGAAACUCCUGCUCAAGAGCUCGACGUUUGACGAGUGCGAAAGUGAAACAAAUCAUCAGGUGGAAAAUGGCUUCUCAACCUUUCUGCUGCAGAAUUUGGAGAGCGGCGUCGAACAAAGUUUCACUGCGUAUUUGUCCAAAUGCCCAAAUCCGACUGCAUUUGCCGCCCAGUUCUCCACCAACGCUCUAAGUUUAUCCUCCGUCUCUGCUCCUGAUCACUCAACUCUAAAGAUCAAGGACGCAAGAAGGAGGGUAAAAAUCGGAUUCUACAUCUCCGAACCAAUUCUCUAG